UAUAGUACUGUGCAUGUAUUGUGCACUUCCCGCACACUGUAGUGUUGGUGGAUGAAAUGCCUGCGCUCUUGCACUUGACCCUAGUGGGCGGUGCAAACAAAUUUUAGAGACCAGAAAGCCCCUAAACCUCAAGCACAACUUUCAGAAGGCGCUUUUUAAAGGUCUCAUCACCAAAGAUCUUUGUGAGGUGUCAUUUAUGCAGAUAUGCACAAACUGAGAGACGCAGAGCAGUCGGUGUGAGGAAGUCUGUUUUUCUCUCUACUGUUCGUCUGUAUCUCAUGUCACGGACGCCUCAGUCAGUCGUCUAAACGUCUGGACAUGAACGUCCUUCAAGAGUCCUGCUGCUCCAUCUUAGGAGUCCUCCUGGUUUUCCUUCUCCAAGGCUCAUGUUCUGAUCCAGAUGCAGAUGUUGUGCAUAAAGCUGUUGGAGACUCACUGGAAUUACUUGUUAAUUAUCCAAAAGAUGGUCUUGAAGUGCAGUGGAAAUAUAAUCAGAUUAUUUUUGCUGAGUAUCGAAAUAGAGAUUUCCAAAAAGCAAAUUCUGAAUUAUUUAAUGAAAGGUUAAAGACGUAUAAGGACAAUAUUAGUGUAACAGUAACAAACCUUAGACUUCAGGAUUCUGGAAGAUUCUCUAUUGUUGCAGAAGGAAAAUCUGAACAAUAUAAAUCAAAGUUAAUUGAGCUUCAUGUUCAUGAGCUCAUCAGAGAUGUUCAGAUUAAGUUCAGUGAGUCCUGGCCGCAAUCAAAAAACAUCUGCGUGUUUGAUCUUCAGUGUCUGUCGUCCGGUGAUCCCAACCCCUCCUACAGCUGGAGCGCUCCUCAGAUCCAGACUCAAGGACCUCACCUGAACAUCAGCCUCCGUCCCGCAGAAAACACCACCCUCACCUGCACCGCCAACAACUCCUACAGCGUCACCCACACGACUCAGACUCUAGUGUGCACACAGAGAUCCGAAGAGCAAAGUGUGUUCCCAGUGCAAGAUGCAGGUUUUCCUCUGAAAUAUUUGCUGAUUGCGGUUGGCGUCGGUGUCGUCGUUGUGGUCAUAUUCAGUGCAACGAUCGCCGUGUGCUGCAGGAGGAGGGACAAUAAAGAAAAAGGAGAAAGUGAGGCUGGCAUUACAGUCUAUGAAGACGUGAACAUUGAUGGCCCUGCGAAGAAACGCUCUGAAAGUGUUGCAAACGGGAUGUCCAUUUAUGAAACGGUAAACGACACAAAACUCUCACAGAACUUGCCUCAAACCCUGUAUGACAAAAUCAACUACCAUCGCCACCCAGCGGUCAGCACCAGCACCAGCGCCGGCACUUCCUGCUCUUUCCAGGACGUCUUGUGAGAUUGGUCCUCCAUAAGUGAGACACAGACAGACGGUUCGUGUUGUUUGUCCUGUUAUCUCUGGAUUGGGUGAACCAGUCUCCCGAAUGUAUUGUUGGCUGCAUCGGUUGACCUUUGAACUCUUGCAUUAACUGUACUGUGUAUUACAUGUAUCACGUUAAAAUACUUUUUU